CUAAAUAGCUGCCAUUGUGCAGUAGACGCUGUGACAGGAGCAGUAAUUAUAGGUACUUUUUAUUUCCAUUUUUUACAGGAGACAAGAAGUUAUCAUCAUCAUGGCCACUCUGAACCAACAGUAUGAGGAGAAGGUGCGUCCCUGCAUCGACCUCAUCGACCGUCUUCGCUCCCUGGGUGUAGAGAAGGACCUGGCGCUGCCUGCUAUCGCCGUGAUAGGAGACCAGAGCUCCGGGAAGAGCUCCGUGUUGGAGGCGCUGUCAGGGGUGGCUCUGCCAAGAGGAAGUGGCAUUGUGACAAGAUGUCCUCUUGAACUGAAGAUGAAGAGAGAGAAAGAAGGAGAGAAGUGGUGCGGGAAGAUAAGCUACCAGAACUAUACGGAAGAGAUUGAUGACCCUGCACAUGUGGAGAAAAAGAUUAGAGCAGCCCAGAAUAAAAUUGCUGGGAAGGGGUCGGGGAUCAGUAGUGACCUCAUCACCCUGGACAUUGCCUCUCCUGAUGUUCCAGACCUGACACUCAUUGACCUGCCCGGCAUCGCCAGGGUGGCUGUACAGGGACAACCAGAGAACAUUGGAGACCAGAUAAAGGCCCUGAUCCAUAAAUUCAUCAGAAAACAAGAAACCAUCAGCUUGGUGGUGGUUCCAUGUAACGUGGACAUAGCAACCACAGAAGCUUUGAAGAUGGCACAGGAGGUGGAUCCUGAUGGAGAGAGGACUCUGGGUAUCUUGACUAAGCCCGACCUGGUGGACAAAGGCACAGAAGAGACGGUGGUUAAAGUUGUCCAUAAUGAAGUCAUCCACCUGAAGAAGGGCUACAUGAUCGUCAGGUGCAGAGGUCAGCAGGAGAUCACAGAGAAGGUGUCUCUUACUGAAGCAUUAGAAAGAGAGAAAGCCUUCUUCAAAGAUAAUGCGUAUUUCCAGAUUCUCUACGAUGAAGGCCAUGCCACUGUUCCUCAGCUGGCGGAAAGACUCACCCUUGAGCUGGUGCAUCACAUAAAGCAAUCUCUGCCUCAACUGGAAGAGCAGAUAGCAAAGAAACUGGAGCAGACUCAGGCAGAGCUGGAGAGAUAUGGCAAUGGACCCCCAUGUGACGCCACUGAGAGACUGGGUUACCUCAUUGAUAGAGUGUCAGCGUUUACUCAGGAUGCCAUCAGCCUCACCACAGGGGAGGAACUCCAGUUUGGAGGCAGGGUCAACAUCUUUGCCAGUCUUAGAAAAGAGUUUGCGGCAUGGAAAGACAUCAUAGAGCGCUCUGGAGUCAAUUUCAACUGGAAUAUUGAGAAAGAGGUGGCUCAGUUUGAACGAAAGUACCGUGGACGAGAACUGCCGGGGUUCAUCAACUACAAGACCUUUGAGGGAAUGGUCAAGGAGCAGAUCAAACAGCUGGAAGGGCCUGCGAUCCAGAAACUCAAGGAAGUAGCAGAAAUUGUGAAGAAAGAGCUGUUUGGGUUGGCACAGAGCAGCCUUGUUGGAUUCCCUUACCUCAUCCAAACAGCUAAGAUGAAGAUCGAAGAAAUCACACAGGAGAAGGAGACUGCCGCAGAGUCCAUGCUGCGGACUCAGUUUAAGAUGGAGCUGAUUAUUUACACUCAGGAUGGCACAUACAGCAAGAAGUUAGGGAAGCGGAAGAGGGAAGAGGAACAGCUUUGCUUGACUGUCUUUAAUGGUACACCAGUGAAGACAAGCACCAGCAGCGCUGUGAGCAAUAAUAACAGCGGGGCCACCCUGAAAGAGAUGAUUAAACACCUUAAAUCCUAUUACCAAAUUGCCGGCCAGCGUCUGGCUGACCAGAUCCCGCUGGUGAUCCGCUACCAGAUGUUGCAGGAGUCUGCUGUCCAGCUGCGGCGGGAGAUGCUGCAGAUGCUUCAGGACAAGGAGAAAACAGAGUCCCUGCUUCUAGAGGACUCUGGCACAAAAAACAAGAGAAAAAACCUUCAGAAUCGCCUCAAGCGCCUGUCAAAGGCUCGCAUACUGCUGACUGACUUCAGUAUGAACAUAUACAACUUCAACACAACACAGCCACAGUGAAAACCUUAAAACCAGACUCCUGGAAGAAGAAGUUGCUGAUUUAUUAUAUUCUUUAAAUUUCUUUUGAAGAUUUUUAUGUUUUUGACAUAGCCAUUCCUCUUAGUUAAAGUUUAAAAAAAGCAGCUCUUGGUGUAUUAUUAGAUUUUAAAUCAAUGUCUCGUUAACUUUUUUGAGCCUUUCCAUUAAUUUAGCUCAUGUUUCAUAAAUUAUUCUAGACAUUUACUCGAUAUUCUCACUUUUUCAUUCAGUAUUCUUAUUUCCUGAAUGGCAUGCCACAUAUGUAUACAGUAUAUACAGUGAAGGAGCAAAAAAGAGCAUGUUUGUUGUUUGUUUUGUUAAGUAGUCGAAUUUUGUUUUUGGUUGUUUGAAGACAGCAUCAUGCAUGAACCCACAAAAGCUGCCUCUCAGUCAGUCUGUGGCGGACAUGUUUGCUCUGAGCCUAUUUUUAUACAGUCUAUGCUCUGAGCACAUAAUUAACAUAUUCAGCUUCACUGACAUGUUGUUCGUCACAAAAGGAAAGGUGCAGGUCUAACUAGUUUCCUCAUAAGAUCUUUAUUUAACAAGACUUAACAACACAGAACGUUGAGAGACAUCAACGUAAUAUUUGGUCUCCACACCACCUGCACUCUUGACUCUCUUUUUCCUCCAAACAUGCCAGGUCAAACAAAUAGAAGACUGAUGUAUGUGCGAUGGACUUUAAAAUGUUUUCCUUUGUUAAUCCUGUAUGUAUUAUUUGAAGUUAACAGACAGAAGCAUAGAACUGUUCAAGCAAUAAAAUGUUAAAACGG